GUGUGUGUGCAAGUGUGUGUGUGUGUGUGCAGGAAGACGAGAGGCGGCAGCAGGAGGAAGCACCAAGGACGUCCCUUUUUUUUCCUUCCAGCCCCGGGAGCAAAGGCAGUCGGAGAUGCGAGGGACGAGCACUUAGAUCAUCCUUCACCUCCUCUUCCUCUUCUUCCUCCUCUACUGCUGCUGCAGGAGAACUUGUCCGCUGGAGGAUCCACAGCUGCUGCAGCUGAAGCCCGCUUCCCUCUGAUCCCGGUUCCGUGUGUGUGUCACUGUGUGUGUGUGUGUGUGUGUUAGUGAGAGUGGGAUUUGCGCGCGUGUGUCUCUCACACACACAAACACAGGACGGAGAUUUGGCAACAAAAGGGACUCCCAGCACUUUUCCCUGUAACCAGUGAAUGUGACAUUGCUCGGCUCAGGAAGGCAGGGAAUUAAAAGCCAUCGGCGUCAUGAAUUUCGUAAUGAAACAAGCGUUGGGAGGCGCCACCAAAGACAUGGGCAAGAUGCUCGGUGGGGAGGAGGAGAAAGAUCCCGACGCCCAGAAAAAAGAGGAAGAACGGCAAGAGGCGCUGAGGCAACAGGAGGAGGAGAGGAAAGCCAAAUAUGCAAAAAUGGAGGCGGAGAGAGAAAAUAUCCGACAGGGCAUCAGAGAUAAGUACGGCAUCAAGAAGAAGGAGGAGAAGGAAGCCGAGGCGGCGGCAGCCAUGGAGCAGGCGUCCGAGGGCAGCCUCACCCGCCCCAAGAAGGCGGUGCCGACCGGCUGCGGCGACGAGGAGGAGGAGGAGAGCAUCGUGGACACGGUCAUGAAGUUCAUCCCGGCUCCGCUCAUGGAUAUGUUCAAUAAAAAGUAACAGUGUUUUUCUGGGGUUUUAUUUUGGUUUUUUCUUCUUAUUACAUCGAACCAAUGCUGUACUGCCCCGCCCACCCCAAACCUGCAGUCAUCCCUUUGGCCACGCCCCCUCCUCGUCCUCUUCUGUGUCCUGGAAUUGUGCAAACGUGUGUCAUGACUUUGCCCUUGAGCUAAAACCUCCCGUAACUGAGUUAUUAAAUCUUUUUAUUUAUUUUAUUUUCUAACACCUGCACAGUUUCAGUUCACCUCAUCCACCAUCGUUUUUGUUUUGUAAAUAGACUCGCGUUAUAACAACAAAAUAUAUAUAUAUAUACACACACGAGUGAAAUAUGACAUAUAUAACAAGAGUAUAAGCCAUAUUUUUAACUUUGAAGAAAUUUAUCCAAAUCAUAUCAAAAUUAUUCUUUCUUCCUGUCGUGUUUUCUUGCUAAAUAUUUGAUACAUACGAUGUAUAUACAUAUAAUAAUAAUUCUCCGUUGUGAGGAUUCACCCCAUUGUCGUUGUUUUCCACUGGUUUACUGUGAACGUUUGAGUCCAAACAAGGGAUUUAUGACACAUUUAUGUUUCGUUGAGCAUGCAGUUAACUGGUGAAGUGAAGUACACGCGUGGAAACCUUUAUUUGUUACGACGAAGCGAAAAUACACUGAUAUUUGAGGCAAUAAUGUGGUUUUUUUUGUCCAUUAUUAUUAUUAUUAUGAUUUUGUACAGCUGGUGAAAACUUACUGUGUCUCUAUUGUUCUUCCACGGGGGAGGAAAAUGUUCUCCUUAACCUAGAGUUUGUCUCAAACGUCGUUUCAUUUUUAAAUAUCUUACUCAAUUAAAUGAAAUGUUUUGUGCUUUUAAAGAUUCCGUGGUGUGUGUGUGUCCUGUGGCAGGUGCUUUCGCUAUAGGAUACAUUUUUAUUUGCAUUAUUUUGUAUAAGACAAAAAGAAAACUUCACAAACACAACGGUGUGUGAACAGACAGUGACAAUAGUGCAAUAUAAUUAUUGUUGUUUGGGGGGUGGGGAAUGAAGUUUUGUCCUGUGGGAGCGAAUCAGCAAUAACAGACAAUCUUCAUUGUUUGCGUGUGUGUGUGUGUGUUUUAAACGUUAACAUGUUUUAGCCUCUGCGUUAGUGGCCGUGAAGUGUGCGAAAUAUUUGAUGAUUAACACAAGAGGAACGGGGGGAAAUGUUUUGUAUUUGUUGUUUUUGUGUCCGUUUAAUUUAAACCAAACUGCAGGUUUUCAUAGCUCCAAGCUGAGGGUCGUUUUUUUCUCCAUAGACCCCAAACCCUAACCCAUAGACCUUGCUCUUUUAUUAUUUUAUAUAUAAAAAAAUAAUAAUAACAUUCCUAAUAUUUCAGACAUUCCACCAGACUUGUGCUGGUAACGCAGAAACUGAAAAGGGCCCUUUUAGCCGGAGUUAAACAAACACACAUUUAAUAUUUCCAUCUUUUAAACUGAUUUUUUUUGUUUUUUUUAAGUUUGGAUUAAAAAAGUUUGGAUUAAAAAACUACUCUUCGUCUCGUGCUGCCGUGCACAAAAACACAAACUCCCACCUGGAAUCCGUACGAGGAAUAAGCUAAAUGUGCUUUUAUAGCGUUUUUUGGUGAGAAAAAUGUCUUUGUGAGCCGCGUUCGCACAGUAGUUUUUCUUCGGGGAGGUUUUUUCUAAAUGUUUCUCGCCACAUUGUCGCUGUAUUUUUCUCAAAGCUGGAAAUCGAUGCUUUUAGCCGGCGCUUUGUGACCUCGCUCUAUCUAUACAUGUUGUAUUCUAUUCUAUUAUUAGAGAAUAAACAUCCGUGGACGUGUUUGUGGUCAAACUU